GUGAUGCCAUCAUCCUCAGCAGAACCUCCCAUCAUGGCGGAGGAGGAGCGCGUGUCGCACCCCGGCUUCAUCCCCUCGCGCUACUCGGCGCUCCUCAUCAUCAGCGCGGCUCCGGAGCGGAACAUCCGGGACUUUCUCUCCUCGGAGCUUCAGAGAGGGUUGCGGGUGUGGGAUGUGGAUCUGACGGUGUGUAAUUUGGAUGAAGAGCUCAGAGUGUUCGUGAAUCGUCAUUCCUCACAGAGCUGCAGUGAUGUUAAAGGUCAGCGGAUAUUGGAGUUCAGUACCAGUGUGUUCAGCUGCAGAGUGGUGUUCAGUCCAUCAGAGGAAACUCUCUAUUCUCAGAUACACGACCUGAUCACGGACACAUCUCGGCACAAGCUACUGGUCCUGGCUGGACGCUCCCUGGAGGACAGCGGGGACCUCGUCUUACACACCGGACACUUCUCUCCAAACCACUUCGUUCAGAUCUUUACAGAUGAGGAGAUUCAGCAGCAACUGAACUCUGCGAGCGUGACAGGAAAAGCAAACCUGACCCUUAGUUGCCCGAAGACUGGAACGUGGAAGAACUCCAUACUUGCGAAACACAAUUUACAAGAUGUAAUCGACAUUAAGGUGAACCCUUUAAUGGUGCUGCCCAAAAUGGACGGUCUCCAGGAGUUCACCGAUCAUCUCUGUGAGAACAUUGAGCCUCUAUCUCCGUUUGAUCUCCUGGAACCCCCAAGCACGGUGGGGUUCCUCAAACUCUGUCGUCCCUGCUGCUACAUAUUUCCUGGUGGGAGAGGGGACUGCGCCUUUUUCGCCGUCAAUGGAUUCAAUGUCCUGGUCAACGGUGGAUCGGAUCCACGCUCUUGCUUCUGGAAGUUAGUCAGGCAUCUGGACCGUGUAGAUUCUGUUCUUCUCACUCACGCUGGGACUGAUAAUCUUCCAGGGAUUAAUAGUCUUUUUGCCAGGAAAGUCGCUGAGCUCGAGGAAGACGAUUCCUCCAACUCAGAGGAGAAAGAAAAAUGGCUGAAAAAUCUGAUCUCUCCAGAGUUGGGCGUUGUUUUCUUUAAUGCACCAAAAAGGCUGAAAAAAAUUCAAGGUGAUUCGAAUGUGCUGCGAAGUAGCGAUCAAGCAGGCCUUACCUUACGUCACUUGGAGAAACUCAAGAUCUCAGCAGAACCACUACUUCGCAAUUCAAGUGGUCCCCUAGAACCGGUGAUUCUGUUUCAGAAGAUGGGUGUUGGAUGUCUUGAGCUUUAUGUCAUUAACCCGGUUAAAGGCAGCAAAGAGUUUGAGGACUUCAUGAACCGCUGGCCAGAAAACAGCACCAACCCCAAAGGCUCCGAAGUUCCCCUAAGUUCUCUGGUGUCUAUUUGCACUUUACUUGCGUGGCAUCCUGCCAGCCCUCAUGAGAAGAUCAUACGAGUCCUUUUCCCUGGGUCAACACCACAAACAAAAAUACUGGAAGGUCUAGAAAAGCUGAAGCACCUGGAGUUUCUCAAGCGUCCUGUAGUGUGCUCCAAAGAUAUCGAGCCGAAGUCAGAAAAGAACCCAAAAAGAGCCGAGAGCCAAGACAGCCUCAAGUCUGGCACCAAAGAAUCCAGGACAAGCAGUGCCACCACUAAGGAGAAAUCAGCCCAUGGGAAUCCAGAGCCAAAAGACCAGGUCAAGACCAAGACUAUGAAUGGUGAGGAAAAAACGAAGUCUGUUGAAAAUGAUGCCAAGUCUAAACUGAACAAAACUAUUGCAAGGAAGGAAUCGUUUAAAGCCAACAAAAAAGAUGACAGGAGUAGCAUGCCUGUGUCAAAGAAACAGGAAAUCAAACAGAGGAAAACAUCAGGUAAAAAGGAUUCCCCAUCGAACAAGCAGAAGAAUGAUGAAAAGACUGAAGUCAGAAAAAACAAUCUGAUGGGGAAAGAGGCCAAGAAAGUGACUCCAAGGUCUGCAUCGCCUUCUGCAAACCCAAAUAAAUCUGCAGGUCCAAAGAAAAAUGCAAUUAAAGUAAACAAAGGGACAGAAGACAAAGUCAAAAUCAAUAAAUCUAACAAGGAGCAGCAAAACCAGAAGCUCUCAGCUGACGUGGAUGCAGAUCCAAAACCCUCGAAAAUAUCUUCACCUGAGGACAUGACAUCACAGUUUCUUGAAAUGGAGCAAGAGCAGUCACAUGAAUUGUCUGCCGGCAUCCGGUCAAGGAAGGAAUCAGGAAGUGAGCCUGAUCCAAAAAACAGCCAUGUGAGUCCAGAGAAAUCUACAGAUGACCUGCCGAAUCCAGUCAAGUCCACUGAGGCCUCUGGGAAUGUCAAGACUCCAAAGAGUGAGCGCAGUGUAAACCUGGACCUGACACCCACUGAGUUUAGCUGGGUUGAUGGAGCUCUGAAGGACAAUCCGCCCAAGAGUGGCCAGGACGAAGUCUGCAUUAGCCCAGAUGAAAAGACAUUGGAGUUGAGUUCUCCAAGAUCUGGUCCAAACAGCGCAGGUCAUACGCCAUACCACAUUUCCCCUGAGGAAACUUGGGCCUCCAGUGACCGCAGCAGUUUAGCGGCUAAGAUGUGCUUGGGAUCAGACAGCCAGCAAGGAGCAUCGUGUAAGACUUCAGAGUCUGGAUGUCCCAGAAGUACACAAGAGAGUAACUCCAGCUCUUCUAAAGAGAAACACUCCAGUUUCUUGUCUUUGAGCUCUUUCAAGGACAUUAUUCCUGAUAUAUCACCUACGGUGACCACCACCACCCACUCGAUGCCUGCUGAAGUUAGCUCACCACAGUCCACUGAGGUUGAUGAGUCCUUAUCGAUGUCCUUUGAGCAGGUGCUUCCUACGGUGAGUGAAUCCACAAACGAAGACGAGACAUCCUACUCUAAUGGACACUAUGCAGAUCCUGACUUCAAAGUAGGCAUGUCUUUAUCUUUAAAGAUGGCACAUGGCAAGAGGGUGAUGAACGACGCCCCAGAUGGACGUCCUUCUGGACCCCAGAGUCUGAUGUUUGAUGCUGCUCAUGAUGUCGACCUUUGUUUGGUUUCUCCCUGUGAAUUUAAACAUUUCAAACCUCUAGAGAAAGAUCAGCACACCCUUUCACCAGCAAUGAUGGCUACCAGCCCUCAUGACUUCUCGGAUGACAGUGAUCGCUCCCAAGAAGUGGUGAAGCCGCUGCAGCAGAUGUUUUUUGGCAACAAGUCCACUCACCCAGCCCAGGAAACUCCGCUCACCUCUGCUAGCGACUACUUCCCCACUGCCUCGGAUUCUGACCCCCCACCCGGCCUGGAGGAAUGCCCUUCUAUCACUGCAGAUGGUGCAUUAGAUUCUGAUGAGGAGGCAGGUGUGCAGUGCUCCUCGGAGAACUUGAACCUGAAUAAUUCACCACUUCAGGAUCCUCUUCCUGUUCCUCUCAAAGACUUCCCUCCUCUUCCCGCCCAGCCUGGGGCCUGCAUGCCUGAUCCUGGGAAACUUGGGAAAACAGGAGCAAAGAACAGAAAGACGACUGUGGUUACGCAGAGGCUGAGUGCAUCUAGCAGUUCGGCACAAGCUAGCAAGUCCAGAACAGGAACUCAGAGUGGAUCGGCUGGGAGUCUGAGGUCCAACUCUACCGUAGACACUCCAAUAUCACGUUCUUCUCAUUUUGGUGCAAAACGACUAACCACCACAGGUAUGAAGGGCAUCACCUCUGUGUAUUUAGACCUGGCGUAUCUCCCAUCUGGAAACGCAGCAUCCACUAUUGAUGUCGAAUUCUUCUGCCGCUUGCGAUCAUCCUGUUACAUUAUAAGUGGAGAUGAUGAUCUUAAAGAAGCCAUGAUGAGACCCAUUCUGGAUGCUUUACUGGACGGAAAGUCUGUUUGGCCUGAAGAUGUGCCAGUGACACUAAUCCCCACGUUCGAGUCGAUGGUGAUGCACGAGUGGUACCAUCAGACCCAGGAGAGGCAGCAGCAGCUGGGCAUCACGGUUCUGGGUAGCAACAGCACAGUAGCCAUGCAGGAGGAGACGUUCCCCGCCUGUAAAGUGGAGUUCUGACAGGCGGUGAUAAAAUAACAAGAAGAGUGGGCGGGGCUUAAUGUAACAUUUAAUUUAGAAAUGUUUUUUUAAAAAAAGCAGAAAAUGUUCAGCAUAGUGUAGUGUUUUUGAUGCUGUAACACACUAACACACACACACAUACACACUAACACACACUAAUACACACACUAACACACAAACACUAAUACACACACACACACACUAAUACACACACACACACACACACACACACACCUCGUUAAAGGUGUGUUAAUGAGCUGAUCAGGUUCUAACAAACACUAAUAUACACUAUUACACUAACCACUAUCCAGUCUUAUUAGAAUUUAUUCUGUGGGUUCUCGGUGGUUCUAGGUGUAGCUAACAUUCUCGUGAGUACACUAAGUAGGGAGGAGUUCUGGGGUUUGGGAUUGAGCCAUUGUUUUAUUAAGUGCACUAUAUAGUGAUGCAUUCCUGGAUUUGGGACUGCAGAUGUUAUAGUCGGGAACGUUAGCGCUGAACCAGGAAGUAGAAGACAGGAAGCAGGAAACGGGAGAUAAAACAAAAGGUUUUAGAGAUUUCAUUAUCACACGUCACUGUGUGCUUCAGCGUUACACAUUUACUCAACAUUUUAACCCUCUCACUGACGUAUAAACACCCGCGGUGUGUGUAGCGGUGUGUGCACGCUGUGUGUUACCUGCAUGUGGUUCCAGUUUGCUUAUCUGAGAUUUAAAAAAAACAAAAAAAACAACAUCAGUUGUGAAAUAAAUCUAUCCAGAACGCACGAUUCCGAAGAUUUAAGAAGUGUAGAAGUAGCUGUAGAGUGGAAGAGAACACGCAUGUGUGUGAGAGAAUGCGGCAAAAUCAGGACACAAAUACAUGGACGUUCAAGACCUUCUGAUGAAGGACAAAUACAAGACGUUCUGAUGAAGGACAAAUACAAGACGUUCUGAUGAAGAGUAUCGUUCAUUAGAAUUCUAGAGUAAAUAACGAGUCCAUCUCUUGCGGAAACAAGAACAGCUCUGAAUUUUCAGAAAUGUGUACAACACACAUUAGUCAAGCUGGUUGUGAUUACUUCCUGUGGAACUUCCUGAUUAAGCUUUAUAUAGAGAAAAAUCCUGGCCCUUAAUUCGGGAGUGAAUUAACGACUUGAUAACAGAUUGUAUUUAAUCUGCUGGCAGUCUGUUAGCUGUGUGAUGGGCGGAGUUAAAGUGCAUUACUUCCCCAUGGGAAAAAAAGUCAUAUUGAUUUGUGUUCAUCAGCAAAAAAUCUUUUUUUUUUUUUUUUUACUUGUUCCUGAUUCUUGUCCAUUGUAGCUCAUGCUGUGUGAACUUCCUGCAGAGUUCAGAUCCAUUUCCUGCUCUAACACACUCACAUACAUUCUUUAACAUAUUACUGGAAACAUUAACAUUAUUAAUUCCAUCACGCUUAGCUAACUCACACGUGCACGUUUAGCUAAGCUAAACUUCAUGCAGACGAGUCUAGCCGAUCGGGAACGAACUCUCUAAGCCAGCGGAUGCUAUCUAGUUUUUAGCAUUAAACAGACGAUCUCAUUGUUCACCUCCCUUAAAGAAACAAUCGAUGCAUUUCUGGUUUCCAUAACAACGCCCCACCCCCAUGACCACACCCACAGCAACAUUAGAGAAGCAUCAGUCUGAGGUCCGGCUGAGGAAUGUCACGGACACUCGCUAGUCAGUCUGCUAGCUAGAGCGGGUUAGCCGGCUAGUCCUUUUAACUUUUUAGCGCUAAACUGACCAAAAACUCUAACCAGGGGUCAGGAGCGUGGAGAUAAAUAAGACGGGUUAAUAAGGUUUAACAGCGUGUUUGAGUCAGAUGAUUUAUAAUUCUCGAGCGAGUUCCAGGUCCUGAGUGUUUGUGACAUCGUGCUGCUGUGUGUGUGUGUGUGUGUGUGUGUGUGUUUAAUGUGCUGUAACUUUCUCCUGCUGAAUCCCAGGAUUUUAUUCAGAAGGAAACUCCACAUGGCCACCAGACUAGAGGAAUGUGUGUAAUAUUGAACAGAAGAGUGUAGGAUAUGGAUUUGUUAUUAAAAUUAAAACAAAUAUAAACCGCU